AGAUGCAUACCUUUGGUUGCUCCUAUAUAUAUAUAUAUGAUAUGUGCAGACCUGCUAUUGUAAGUUAAAAAAAAAUGGAUAACGGCUUCCUCCUUGUCCUCUUAUUCUCUUUCAUUAUAUCUACACCAUACAUUCAUGCAAGCAACCAAACUGAAUGCACCUGUCUCAUGGCCUUCGCCCGCACUCUAUCUUCUCCUCCCAUAAAUUGGAGUGGUUCUGUUGAUUGUUGUCGUUGGAAUGGCAUCACUUGUAAUCAAGAGGGUUGGGUCACCCAUUUGAUCUUACCCUCCAAAGGGCUCAAAGGAGGGGCAAUGAAGAUAUUAAUGCGUUGCAAAAGUCUUCGGUCACUCUUUCUUGGCGGUUCGUUUGGUCGUGAGGCACUGUUAGCUGAUGAUGACAUGGUUGAUUUUCAUGGAUUCCAAAAUCUUCGAGUGUUGAGUUUGCAAAGGUGUGGGCUCACUGGUCAGAUACCUGGUUGGUUCUCAAACCUAAAGAAUCUAGGGGUGUUGGAUCUGAGUGGUAAUCAAAUCACAGGGUCAAUUCCAAGUUGGUUGGGGACUCUUCCAAAACUCUUUUAUUUGGAAAUGCCAUACAACCAAAUUUCAGGUGAAUUUCCAAAACAACUUUGUAGAUUACCAAUGUUGAUGGUGAAUGCAUCUCCAAUAGACAAUUAUGAAUUUGAACUUCCCACCUUCAGCCGCGGCAUAGAAAAUCCAAAAUUUUUGCCGCAUAAAUUGUCUUACAUUCCAGGAGCAAUAGUCCUAUCAGCCAAUAACAUUAGUGGUAGUAUACCUACUGAGAUCGAGCAAUUGCAACUUAUUCGUGAGUUGUAUCUUGACGACAACAACUUCUCUGGCGACAUUCCAAACCAAAUAUCUAACCUAGGCUAUUUAGAGUAUUUGAAUCUCUCCACGAAUCAUUUGUCCGGGAAAAUUCCCUCGUCAAUGACAAGCCUUAAUUUUUUGAAAGAAUUAGAUGUCUCAUACAAUAAUCUCGAGGGAAAAAUACCAACGGGCACGCAGCUUCAGAGCUUCGACGCUUCUGCAUUUGAAGGGAACCUUCAACUUUGUGGCGCACCACUUCCAAAUGAGUGCAGAGACAUUGAUGCGGAUAAUAAGAAUAGCAUCGACAAAGAUAUAGACAAUGAACGUGAUGAGCUUCUUUGGUUUUACAUUUUUGCAGCCCUAGGUUUCAUUGUUGGAUUUUGGGGAGUUUGUAGUUCUUUAGUUCUUAACAAGACAUGGAGGUAUGCGUAUUUUCGGUUUUGGGAUAAUGUACAAGAUUCACUCUAUGUGAAGAUGGUAGUGUGCAUGGCCAUGAUGAAAAGAAGGAUUAAGGAAUAGAUUGUACAUUUCAUUAUGUAUUUUCAGAUUAAAUAGAACAAUUUGGGUCCUAUCAUUGUAUGUGGAAUGCACCUAUAUUAGAGAAUUUUAAUUUUGUAUAUUUAAAUAGUAUGACAUUUUCUGUU